AUGUCCAAACGCACUGCAGACGCCUCCGAGAGCGAGUCGGCCGCUCUCAAGGCUGGCCAGCGCCCUCUUUCCGAGGAAGCCCCGCCUGACGAGAUCGGAGAAUUCGAAGAUGAGUUUGAAGACGAGUUUGAAAGCGAAGAUGAAAUCAUAGAGGCUGGCGUCGAUGGCCGCCCGGAUGAAGAGAGAGAAGCAGAAGAAAACGACGCAAUGGACGUCGAUAAAGAGACCUUUAUACCCGGAAGAACAAAACUGCCACCGGGCGAGACGCUCGCGCCCGACCCUUCCACAUACGAUAUGCUACAUACCCUCAGCACGCCAUGGCCAUGCCUCUCGUUUGAUAUUGUGCGCGAUAAUCUGGGCGACAACCGCAAGACCUUCCCAGCCACUGCCUAUGCGGUGACUGGUACACAGGCCGAAGGAUCCCGUGGGAAGGACAACGAAUUGAUGGUUAUAAAACUCUCCGGGCUUGGCCGUAUGGAGCGAGAGGACGAUGCGGGUUCAGAAAGCGAAUCGGAUUCGGACGACGAUUCAUCCGAUCCAAUCCUAGAAUCCAAGACGAUACCAUUGGGAUCGACGACAAAUCGCAUUCGAGCACACCAGACCCCCAACGCGUCGGGCGACCUUACAAGACCACCACAGACAAUAACGGCGACUAUGCUGGAGAACUCACAGGUUGUGAUUCACGAUGUGACACAGCACUUGACAAGCUUCGAUGUCCCCGGCACUAUAAUCCCGCCGUCGGCCUCGAAGCCCAUUUCGACGCUGCGGAUGCAUAAAUCAGAAGGCUAUGCGUUGGAUUGGUCUCCAUUGCAGCCUUUGGGCAAGUUGCUUACGGGCGACAACGACGGUCUUAUAUACGUUACGACCAGGACAGAAGGAGGCGGCUGGGUUACGGAUUCGCGGCCAUUCGUCGGUCAUAGCUCAUCUAUCGAAGAGUUGCAGUGGUCUCCCAACGAGAAGAACGUGUUUGCCUCUGCCAGCAGUGACGGCUCGGUGAAAGUAUGGGAUGUGCGCUCCAAGUCCCGCAAGCCCGCGGUUGACGUGAAGAUCUCCAACACCGACAUCAACGUCAUGAGCUGGUCGAGUCAGACAUUCCAUUUGUUGGCCACGGGUGACGAUGCCGGUCAAUGGGGAGUGUGGGAUCUGCGACACUGGAAGCCCGGAACAUCGCAGACCCAGCCGUCGGCGGUGGCAUCGUUUGAUUUCCACAAGGAGCCCAUCACGAGUAUCGAGUGGCACCCGAGCGAUGACAGUGUAGUUGCCGUCGCCUCGGCGGACAGUACCGUCACGCUUUGGGAUCUGGCUGUCGAGCUGGAUGACGAGGAGAGUCGCGACGCAGGGAUGCAAGGCAUUCCGCCGCAGCUGCUCUUUGUGCAUUACAUGGACUCUGUCAAGGAGCUGCAUUGGCAAGCCCAGAUGCCUGGAACUAUAAUGGCAACGGGAGCGGGAGGAUUUGGUGUCUUCAAAACCAUCAGCGUGUAA